AUGUCCAAUAACCCACAUAGAACACAUAAACGACAGAAAUCGUCAGUGCUGAACCCUGGAUAUUACUUCACACCUGAAAACAAGCUGGAGAUACAGCAACAACCACUGCAACUGCAACUGCAAGAGACCCAGCAACAACAACAACAACAGCAGCAGCAGCAGCAGCAUUCUCAAACGCACAAUAUAUAUGAUAAUGACAACUACAUGAAUUACAACUUUCCACCCACUAGUAAUAGACCCAGAGCAUCAACAAUAGCAGCAGCAGCAGCAACAACAGUACAUCCGGGAAGCGAAUUGUCCCAUGAAAGUCACUCUGUGCAUACUUCGCCUUUGAAACGAACAGCAUCAUCAGAACUUGAUCAACCUAUUCCUGCCAUGGUGCCAUCAUCUCCACUAGUCAGUUCAGCACCAUAUUAUUACUCACAGUCUUCUCAACAACAGAAUCUUUCGUACCAUGAUCAACAACAACAACAACACCAGCAACAACAAUCUACUCCACAAGGUCAACAAAUUUCACUGCUGUCACAACAGAUUCUGCAGACAGGAGUACCGCCACCACUAUAUGGUACUAGUUCAAGUAUUCCUCCUGGCUCUACAAUGCAACCUAGUACUUCGUUUGCAUUUCACACUUCGCAUUCAACAUAUAAUCCUUCAUUUGACUCUUCUAAUUUAUAUAACCUGGCUUUCAGAUUGCCAGAAUACCCAACUACCAGCUCGAACACAUUAAUGUCUACCACAGGUGGUAAACAGUAUCAACAAUCUUCUGCAUUAUUACCAUCUGGUACAUUGCCUCCAUCCAUUUUAGGCACAUCAUCGCUGCAUGUUUCUGCUUUGCGGCAACAUCAAAAAAAUAAUUUGUCCAUUUCUUCCCAUUUGACGUUAUUUAGUCUAAGUGGGAACAAUUCCUCACAAUUGCAGUCACAAGGACCCUCGUUUCAACAAGCUGGAACUGGAGUGGAUGAUAUUAAACGUUCCUCAAAGGAAUCAACAGCCAUCCUCAAUGAUUUGUUGUUUAAUUUAACCUCUGUUGAUGGUUCAAAUAUCAAUACGUUUUUGUUAUCUAUAUUAAGAAAAAUCGAUUCACCUUUGACUUUGGAUGACUUUUACAAUUUGUUAUACAAUGACAGACAACGUACAUUGUUGGACAAUUCUAAUUACCAAAACCGCAUUGACAAGACGGUCGUAAGUCCCAAUGACACAGACAUGACAGUUACCAUAAUUAAUCAAUUGUUGAAUUUUUUCAAAACUCCUAGUAUGUUGGUUGAUUAUUUCCCAAACUUAGAAGAUAAGGAUAAUAAAUUGACAAAUAUAAACUACCAUGAAUUGCUUCGUACAUUCCUUGCCAUCAAAAUUUUGCAUGAUAUUCUAAUCCAGUUGCCAAUAAGUGAAGACGAUGAUCCUCAGAACUACACCAUUCCUAGAUUGUCUAUCUAUAAAACUUAUUAUAUCAUCUGUCAGAAAUUGAUUGCAAGCUAUCCCAGUUCAUCAAAUACAAGAAACGAACAACAAAAGUUGAUUCUUGGUCAAUCCAAACUUGGUAAAUUGAUCAAGUUAGUGUAUCCCAAUUUAUUGAUCAAACGAUUGGGAAGCAGAGGUGAAUCAAAAUACAACUAUCUUGGAGUAAUGUGGAAUACAAAUAUUGUUCAACAGGAAAUCAAGCAAUUAUGUGAUGACCACGAAUUAAAUGAUUUGAAUGAGAUUUUCAAUAGUGAUAAUAAUAAUCCGUUUGCAUCAAUAGCUCCUAGUGGACCUGCAACCGCAAGCUCAACACCAAGGCGUGGAAUAAGUCAUAAACGGACUUCUUCUAAACAAAAAAUUAAAACAGAGCAUCUUUCUGGUAAUCCAUUUUUACAGCCGCUUCAAGCCUCGCAUCAUCAUCAUCAUAGUCACCACCAUCAACAGCCUCCUCAGGAAUCAUUGCAGCAACAAUUGACGGAACAUAUUACAGCACCCCGUUUAUCAUUCUUAAAAAACGACACAAAAUACCCCACGGAUGCCAACCUAUCCCUAUUGGAUGAUGAUAAUUGGUUUGUUAGGUUAAGCUAUGAAUGUUACGCCAGACAACCUGCUUUAAACCGAGAGUUGAUUCAUCAGAUCUUUCUUAAAAAUGAAUUCUUGUUAAAUAAUUCGAGUUUGUUGCGUAAUUUGAUGGAUUCGAUUAUAAAACCGUUGGUGAUGCAAGAAACUUAUGCGAAUGUCGAUUUGGUUUUAUAUUUGGCGAUCCUCAUUGAAAUUCUACCUUAUUUGCUAUUACUUAAAUCAUCCACCAAUAUCAAUUUGUUAAAAAAUUUAAGAUUAAAUUUGUUACAUUUGAUAAAUAAUUUUAACAAUGAGUUAAAAAAAUUAGAUUCACCAAAGUUCCCAACAGAAAGGUCUACAAUUUUUUUGGUAAUAAUUAAGAAGUUGAUCAAUUUGAACGAUUUGUUGAUCACUUUUAUCAAGUUGAUCAAUCGAAAUAUUUGCAAGACCACGAUGUCAAGUGAUAUUGAGAACUUUUUAAAGAUAAACUCCCAGACAGUUAAAUUAGAUGAUGAUGAUAAUAGUUUUUUCUUUAAUUUGAAUACUACAUCUAUGGGGGAAGUGAACUUCAAUUUCAAAAACGAAAUUCUAUCAAAUGACUUGAUUUAUACGUUAAUUGGCUACAAUUUUGAUCCUACUACAAAUAAUGAGUUGAAAAAUUCCAUUUCUAUGAACUUUAUAAAUGAGGAGAUCAACAUUAUUGAUGAAUUCUUUAAAAAUGAUCUAUUGAAUUUUUUGAAUACGGAUUUCCAUGGUGGUCUUGAUGACGACAAUGGUGAGGAGGAUGAUGACGAAGAAGCUGAUCCUAGUCCUGCUCACCCAAUUGCUGCAACUGGAUCUCAGGGCUCCUUAUCACCAGAACCGGUGUCAACUGGUAACCCAUCAGUUCCACCUACUAGAAAUACUUCAAUAUCUGAAGUUAACGCGGAGAAUAAACGUGGGAAUGAAGUUGUAUUAACUCCGAAAGAAACUGCUAAAUUGAAUUCUUUAAUUAAUUUGAUUGAUAAGCGAUUGCUUUCUAGUCAUUUCAAGUCCAAAUAUCCAAUCUUGAUGUACAACAAUUGCAUUUCAUUUAUCUUAAAUGACAUUUUGAAACAUAUAUUUUUAAAACAGCAACAGCAACAGUUGCAAAGUUCCUCUAGUCAAUUACAUGAUACACAACCGUUGACUCAACAAGAUUCAGCUACAGGAAUUAGUGGUGGUUCGUCAAGUGCUAACAAUGCUAAUAAUAGUUUUGGGAACUGGUGGGUCUUCAAUUCAUUUAUACAAGAAUACAUGAGUUUAAUUGGAGAAUUGGUUGGUUUACAUGAUAAUUUAGUAUAG